AUGGCAUGGAUUGGGGAAGGGUGGGGAGAAAUGACACGAAGAUAUUGGAACAUCAAUUUGGAAGAGAUGAUGGAGGUAGGAGUUCAUUUUGGCCAUGGUACUAGAAAAUGGAAUCUUAAAAUGGCACCUUAUAUCUCUACAAAGCGUAAAGUGAAUUUGCAAUCGCCAAUCAAUUCUGGUCUAGACCAGCUACUUGUCAAUGACACAAGCAUCUCCGAAUCAUCAAGCAUGCAUGCUAAUACAGAACAAGACAUGCCGAGUUCUGCACUAGACCAGCUAAUUGUCAGUGACACAAGCAUCUCCGAAUCAUCAAGCAUGCAUGCCAAUACAGAACUAUACAAGCCGAGUUCUGCAGUUAAAUCUAGCACAAAUUCGGAGGUCGAAACAAAGGAAAUUAAGCCCAUAUGCAGCAUUUCAGAACCAAUAUCAGAUUAUUGUGAGAUUAAAGGAGACAUAAGGAUACAAGGGAGUUCCUCCACCAUAUUUGUUGCUUCAUCUAAUUCGAGCAUUUCAUCCGGGAAUAGUUUAUGGACUAUAAGACCUUAUGCUCGAAAGGGAAAUGCAGGAGCAAUGGAUCAUGUUAAAGAAUGGACUGUAAAAUUGGUAGACAGUCAGGAGGGUAUGCCCAACUGCACUGUGAAUCGCACUACUCCAGCCAUCCUUUUCUCUCUUGGAGGAUACUCGGGGAAUCAUUUCCAUGCUUUUUCUGAUUUGGUGAUUCCUCUAUUUUUAACUUCUUGGGAAUUCCAUGGUGAAGUAAAUUUUCUUGGAACCGAUUACAAAACUUGGUGGAUUAGCAAGUUUAAACAUCUAUCUGAUCACCUAACGAAACAUCCAAUUAUCGAUAUUGACAGAGAAAAAGAUAUCCACUGCUAUCCAAGUGUUCUUGUUGGCCUCAAAUGUCACAAAGAACUUGGCAUUGAUCCAUCAAAAUCUCCAAAUGGUCUAUCCAUGAAAAAUUUCAGGCAGUUCUUAAGAAGCGUCUAUUCAUUGAAUAGAACUACUGCCCUCAAAAUGAAAAGAGGUAAAGAUGAAAAGCCUCGCUUAAUGAUCAUAUCAAGGAAAGGAUCGCGAUUACUGUUGAACGAAGGGAAAGUUACUGAAAUGGCCAGAAAGUUGGGUUUUGAUGUAGUUGUCGCGGAGGCAAAACAUUCCACUGAUUUAUCAAAAUUUGCGGAAAUUGUGAAUUCUUGUGAUGUUUUGGUGGGAGUCCAUGGAGCUGGGCUUACCAACAUGGUUUUCCUCCCGGACAACGCAAUUGUCAUUCAAAUAGUUCCUUUGGGAAUCGAUUGGUUUGCGAAAAAUGACUUUGGUGAACCUGCACUUUCCAUGAACUUAAGAUAUUUGGAUUACAAGAUAAGCGUAAAAGAGAGCUCUUUGAUUAAAGAAUAUCCAGUUGAUCAUGCAGUUCUUAGGAACCCAUUAUCACUCCAAAAACAGGGGUGGAAUGUAAUUAAAUCAACAUACUUGGAUAGACAGAAUGUAGAGCUCAAUGUGCGUAGAUUUAGAGCCACUUUGUUAAAAGCUUUAAAGUUUCUGCAUCACUAG